CACUGGUCCCGCCAAGGAGCUAGCAGUUCCACUUGGUCACAUCCCCCAUAUCCUUCCCCAUCAUGACCAUGACCUCUCGCUAUGCCCCAGCUUCUCCCGAGUUGCUGGCCGAUGAAUUCCCCCUGGCCACUCUCCCCAGUCCUCCCGGAUCCUCCUCUCUGUCUCUGUCCGACAUCGCGAGCGUCGACGGUCGGUUUCAUCCCACCUCCGCCGCCGACGUAGCUGGGCUGGUCCACCCCCCAACCCCUAGCAUGGAGGAAUUCCCGCCCACCAACAACGCACGCCGUCGCAGCUCGUCUCUCGCUGGUCCGCCUGGAGCUGCCGCCAAAUCGUCCAAGGCGCACCGGAGACACCACUCGGCGCACAUCCCAGAGGAGACCGAGGGCGGCUCCGCCUCAGAUGACGAGUCGUCGGAGAAGACAGACAGCGAUCUCGACCCCGAUGACAUGAGAUCUUCGGACGGCAUGGAAGACGACGAGGAAACGGGGCUCACAGGGAAGGAUAGGAGGAGGCGGAGGAGGAAAAAGAGACGGGCUACAUUGCUGGAUCAGAGGGUAGCUCCAUCGGUGCAUUACACGAAAGAGGAAGAGAAGAUGGCCAACAAGAGCUUGAUAAAGACCAUCGCCAUCGACGCGCUUCUUAUAUGUUUAUGGUACCUCUUCAGCAUAUCCAUCUCCGUCUACAACAAGUGGAUGUUCAAGCUCGACAAGGGCGACGGCGAGACGGAGAACAUUUUCCCAUUUCCGCUAUUCUCGACAUGUUUGCAUAUGGUUGUCCAGUUCUCAUUAGCGUCUCUUGUGCUGUUUUUGAUACCCGCUUUCCGGCCACGGCACGAUUCCUUGAACCCCCACUCUGCCUCGUCUCGAUCGGAACCCGUUGAUCCUAAGAAGCCCCUCAUGUCCAAGUGGUUCUAUCUCACUCGGAUUGGUCCGUGCGGCAUAGCAACCGGCAUGGAUAUUGGCUUGGGAAACAUGAGCUUGAAGUUUAUUUCGUUGACAUUCUUCACUAUGUGUAAAUCAUCCGCUCUCGGAUUCGUCCUCAUGUUCGCAUUCCUCUUCCGCCUCGAACAGCCGUCUUGGCGGCUCGUCUUCAUCAUCCUCGUCAUGACGGUGGGCGUGGUGAUGAUGGUAGCGGGUGAAACGGCCUUUGACGUGCGCGGCUUCAUCCUCGUCAUGACGUCGGCCUGCUCGUCUGGGUUCCGCUGGUCGCUCACGCAGAUCCUGCUUCUCCGCAAUCCGGCCACUGCCAAUCCCUUCUCCUCCAUCUUCUUCCUCGCACCCGUCAUGUUCCUCAGCCUCGUCGUUCUGGCCAUCCCCCUCGAAGGCUUGUCGGCCAUCCGAGCGGGACUCGCGACGCUGUUCGAGGCGAACGGCAAGCUGCUGGGCAUGGGCAUCCUUCUCUUCCCUGGCACGCUGGCGUUCCUCAUGACGGCCUCGGAAUUCGCGUUGCUGAAGCGGACCAGCGUGGUGACGCUGAGCAUCUGCGGCAUCUUCAAGGAAGUCGUGACCAUCACGACAGCGAAUGUCGUGUUCCACGACCGGCUGACGCCCAUCAACCUGACGGGCUUGGUGGUGACGAUUAGCAGCAUCGCGGCGUACAACUACAUGAAGAUCAAGAAGAUGAGGGACGAGGCGCGGAAGUCGGCGCAUCUGGCGGUGGCGCACCAGCACCAGCAUGGGGACGUGUAUGCGCCCGUGGCGACGCAAGAUCCGGAUGGUGGCAUUGGUGGUGGUGGGUCGCCUUCAGGGGCGAUGUUUGUGAGGAACAGCUUGAGUUUGGCAGCGGGAGUGCGGACGGGGAGCCCGGCGACGGAGAUUGCGAGUCGGACGAGUCCGGUGAAGAGAGCAGAGGACCUGGAGUGAGGGUUUGAGUGGCAUCUUCUGAUUGGAUUUGGGUUGGUGGUUGUGCGAGAGCGUCAAGAGUCGGAGACAGGAGACCGAGGGGCUACGACAGCACUCGUGAUGGAUUCUGGAAGAGGUCGCAUCUCGGUACUCUGGACAAGCAUCACGGGCGUUUCUUUUCUUGGACAGCAGGGCAUGGCAGAUAGAUACAUAUACCCCAAGACACUGUGAGGAUUACUGAGGAC